UUAUCUCAACAACUCUACAAUGGCACCGAAAACCAGCGGAAAGGCCGCCAAGAAGUCCGGCAAGGCCCAGAAGAACAUCGCCAAGGGAGACAAGAAGAAGAGGAAGGUCCGCAGGAAGGAAAGCUAUGCUAUCUACAUCUUCAAAGUGUUGAAGCAAGUCCACCCUGAUACCGGAAUCUCGUCCAAGGCCAUGAGCAUCAUGAACAGCUUCGUCAACGAUAUCUUUGAACGUAUCGCUGCUGAAUCGUCGCGUCUGGCUCACUACAACAAGCGCUCGACCAUCACAUCCCGCGAAAUCCAGACUGCCGUACGUCUGCUGCUUCCGGGAGAGUUGGCCAAGCACGCCGUCUCUGAAGGAACCAAGGCUGUCACCAAGUACACCAGCUCCAAGUAA